AUGACUAAUUUUACUUUACUGAUGUUGCAUGAUGCACCUGCCAAAGCUGGCCAGGACAUUUACCGUCAAGCCAAAAGUCCACAAGAUGACGCGAUGUCUUCUGCCGAGCAGUUGAAAAGCGCAUACAAAAAUACAACCGCACCAAAGGACAAAUGGAAGGUCAACUAUUACAUCUUUUUUUUCGUCGGGUUUUCAUCCCUUUUUUCGUGGCAUAUUUUUAUUAAGAACUCUUUUUUCGAGGAGCGUUUUGCAUCAACCAUUUUUGCCACCACCUUUAGCAACUGGAUUGCCAGAGUUUAUAUGGCCACAAAUUUGCUUGCAAUGGUUUUUUUGAUGUUGCUUCCAGAAAGACUCAAGGGCUCCAAUAGCCUACGUGUUUCGUUGUCUUUUUUAGGAAACGUGGCCGUGUUUCUAGCAAUGACUGUAUUGCCUCCUUGCGAAUGGAUUCCGGACACAACGUAUUUCUACAUCACGCUUGUCUGUGCCGGCCUUUGUGGGUUCUUUGGCGGUGUGCUUCAAAGUUCUCUUUUUGGAAUGGCGUCCGGAUUUCCAAGCAGCUAUGUGCAGGGCAUUAUGGCCGGCCAAGGGCUUGCCGGAAUGGUGUCUUCUGUAAUUUUGAUGGCUGCAAACAUUCUUGCUGGCGACAGCAUCAAGUCUCCACAUGAAAUUGCGAUCAACGCGGCUCUUUACUUUGGACUUUCGCUUUUUUUCAUCGUACUUGGAUACAUAUCGUUCAUGUAUGUACAGCGUCUCGAGUUUUUCAAGUUCCAUUCCACCAUGUCUGCGGCACCGGGAGCGGACCUCGAUUUGUCGGAUGAAUCUAUUCAGCCGCCUCAGCAGGGCGGAAUUUUUUCCAUUUUCACAAAGAUGCCCUCGGCGCUGUAUCCGCCUGCUGUAUUUUUUGUGCUUUUCAUUACGCUUUCGGCGUUUCCGUUUAUUUUUAGCAACAUCACCUCGUCCUCAAAGUCGGACUCGUUCUUUUUCAGGAAGCUAUUCAUAUCUACCGGAUACCUGCUUUUUGACGUCGGAGAUUACAUCGGAAAAUCCAUGCCAGCAUUUGGGCUUUUCUACACCAAAUCGCACGUGUUUAUUCUUUCCUCUUCUCUUUUAAGAGUGGUGUUUAUUCCACUUUUCAUGUUAUGCAAUUUUAGAGAUCACCCGGACUUUAACGCAGCCCUGAGAAUAUUCUCUUCAGAUGUUAUCUACUUUUCGCUUGCACUGCUGUUUGGGCUGACAAACGGGUACAUUUGCUCUCUUCUAUUCAUGAAUGCGCCUCGAACCGUUCCCGAAUAUCUUCGCGAAAAGAUGGGGGCCAUCAUGCCCUUCUUUCUUACUGUUGGUCUGGCUCUUGGGCCGUUCUUUGUCGGAAUAAUCAGCCUUUUCCUUAAGAAAUAA